CUCUUUCACCAGUGUGUUGACCCAAAUGCUGACUCAUUAAUAAAUGCUGCCUCUGUGCCUCUGUGUUUCCCAAAGGUUCUGUUGCUAUUAAUAGCUGGAGAGACUUGACAACUGAAGUGUGUAAAGUGAUUGUGUCAUAUGCUUUUAAAUAAUUUACUCUUUUGUUUUCAUCUUUACAUGGACUUGGUUUUGUUUUGAGUUUAUUUUGCAGCAUUGAUUUGAUAAGACAUUCAUUUCAGAUCUGCAGGACACUGGGAGCUAUAUGUGUCCCUGAGAAAGACCACUGUCCACUGGUAUUAAAAUCCCAGCAGGCACUUGUUGAGUGUUGAGUGUAUAAGCGAGAACCCUGACACUCCAGCAACGGUUCAUUCACAUAAAGAUUUAAUGAUGCACCUCACGCGGGUCCCGGUGUAGUGACGUGCGUCUUAAGGAACUUGCCGCUCGAUAACGCAGCGCUGUCAUCCAAAGUUGUGCGUGCGAGGCGUCACACUGACCGACUCCAGUCACGGCUCCACGCACGAUCAGGCUCCCGGCCCGUGCAGCGGUGAUGGAGUGUGCAGGAUGUGGAGUGGAGAGGGAGGGGCAGAGUGAGUGGGGGGGCUCCUCUACUGGCUGCUGCUGAUGCACCUGCCUUCUCUUCCCUUCACGCGACCCCCAGCCUCCAGCAUACUCACUUCGCCUGUCGAGCGUGUGAGAGCGAACGAUGAGCUCCUAUCUCCCAAAAAGCGAGUCCGCCACUUCUCUGCUCAGGUCGUCGGGGCUCAACCGCAGGUCCGCGCACUCGGAUCACGGUCCACACGCGCACCGGGGUCACCGCUCUCAGCAUCCCCAUCCCACCGGGGCUGGAGGCGGGGAGGAGGCGGGCUGGACGGAGGACUGCGAGCCGAGUGCCCGCAGACCUCUCUGCCGGCCGAGACACGCCGACUCCCGAGGAGAUGAUCACCAGCGGGUGCAGAAGAGCCACUCUCACCGGCAAGUCAGCCUGCUGGAGGACGGUCCCCCCCAGGAGGAUGCGAGGCACAGAGCGAGCCGACAUCAGAAAGAGCGCAGCAACUCCACCAGGUCCAAACACCCCCAUCCGCAGCACGACUCCCCGAGAGGUGAGCCGCCUCCUGCAGCGCAUCACCAGGGCAGGAGGACCUCUUCGACUCCGUCUUACCCGAAGCACACGGACGACGCAGAUUUCUUCUUCGAGCCCAGGGAGAGGGUGGUCACCGGCUCGCCCUCCAGCCUCAGCUCGGGCACACCUGCCUCCGGUGCACCUGUCCGGCCCGCGGGGCGCCGCACAGCCAAGAGACUGAGCGGGACCUCGUCUGAAUACGACUCCAGUCUCCAUCCGAUAGUGAAGUCAGUGUUCGGCCAGGACCAGAAGAAGAACUACAAAGCAGUGCAGUCCUGUGAGGAGGGGGGCUCCGGGGGGGCAUAUCUAGAGCCGCUAAUUGCCCUGGCCCAGAACGGAGCCAACAUGCACAACGUGCUGGGGCCCGCGUGCAUCUUUCUACGCAAGGGCUUCGCUGAGAACCGGCAGGCUGACCGAGAGCUGAGGCCAGAAGAAAUGGAUGAGUUGCGCGAGGCUUUCAGGGAGUUCGACAAAGACAAAGACGGCUUCAUCGGCUGCAAAGACCUGGGGAACUGCAUGAGGACUAUGGGCUACAUGCCGACAGAGAUGGAGCUGAUCGAGCUGAGUCAGCAGAUCAACAUGAACCUGGGAGGACAUGUUGACUUUGAGGACUUCGUUGAACUCAUGGGGCCCAAACUUCUGGCUGAGACCGCGGACAUGAUCGGGGUGAAAGAGCUGAGGGAUGCGUUUAAGGAGUUUGACACAAAUGGCGAUGGCCAGAUCAGCACGGCAGAACUUAGAGAGGCAAUGAAGAAACUUCUUGGACAACAGGUCGGACACAGAGAUCUGGAGGACAUCCUACGAGACAUAGAUCUGAACGGAGAUGGACACGUGGACUUUGAAGAGUUCGUGCGGAUGAUGUCUCGGUGAGUUUGCCGCGGAUCGAGAACCGAGAGACGUUCAAAAACCAGAACGUGGGGGAGACGCUGACGGAUCUUAAACUUCUGAAACUGGCGAUGAACACGAGAUCAAAUACAUAUCAACCCCCCCCCCCCCCC